GAUACGCCCUAUUCACGUAUGACGCAAUCUAGCACCAAAACGAGGCGUGGAACGCACGAACAACAUCGGGACAAUAUGGCGGCGUACCACUGUUGUGUGCCAUCCUGUGUUAGCGAUUCGCGCUACGAUAUCGGUAAAAAACUCACAUUUCACCGUAUCCCUCAUGACAAGCAACAGCGCAGAGAAUGGAUUGUAAAGAUCCGCAGAGAUGUCGGAAAGAAUUUCAAGAUAUCUUCUGCAACCCGUGUGUGCUCCGAACAUUUCCAUGAGAAAGACUUUCUCAGAACACUGUCCGGUCUAACACGGCUCAGGCCAGGAGUCAUACCAUCAGUAUUCCAGUGGACAAAAACGACUACUGAGAGGCCCGCGCCAAAGAAGCGUUCCAAUGAUGUUGCUCCAGACCCAUGUGUAGGCUGUGAUGAAGGAGUGGCAGCUGAUGGUCCAGUACACACUACACCGGCACCAUCAGCUGACCAUGACUAUUCCUCCACCCCUGUUCCUGCAGAGAGUCAGCUGGCAGCUGCCCAGGCAGAGAUUGCCAGACUGCAGGAAAAGGUUAGACAACUGGAGCAGGAAAAGUUUUUCCUUGAUAGAUUUUCUUCUGACCCCCAAGCAAUUAGUUUUUACACUGGCUUUAAUAAUUAUCAAACAUUAGUUAGCGUUUUCACAUCUUUAGAACCUUCAGCUAAUAACAUGAUCAGGUGGACUCAGAUGCAGAGACAUUCAUCUAAUAUGAACAAUGUUAGAAUGUCAUCUUUUAAUGAUUCAAGUCUUCCUCUUAUUGACCAGUUUUUCAUGUUUUUGUGCCGUGUGAGGCAGGGUCUUGCAGAGAAUGAUUUAGCUGUUAGGUUUGGUGUGUCCCAGUCUUCUGUUAGUAGGUUGUUAAUCACCUGGGCAAAUUAUUUGUACUUCAUGUUGGGCAGUUUGGCAAUUUGGCCUUCUCGGAGUGUUGUUGAUAAGAAUAUGCCAGAAUGUUUCCGUAAGACCUACCCAAAGACAAGAGUUAUACUUGACUGUACAGAGCUAAAGGUGCAGACUCCAAGUUCUAAGGUACUUAAUUCUGAAACAUAUUCACAGUACAAAAGCCACACAACAUUUAAGGGUUUAAUCGGAAUUACACCAUGUGGGGUCCUGUCCUUUGUCAGCACACUGUAUACUGGAUGUAUAUCAGAUAAAGAAAUCACAGCUAGAUCAGGAAUAGUUGACCUUAUUGAGCCUAAUGAUUCUGUUAUGGCUGAUAAGGGGUUUCUGAUACAGGACCUACUGGACAAUAAACAAGCAAUGUUAGUGAUCCCCCCAUUCCUUGGCAAGAAAGGAAAGUUCUCUGCCACUGAAGUUAGUCAGACCCAUGAGAUAGCUAGGUUGAGAAUACAUGUGGAGAGGGCCAUCAGGCGGGUAAAGGAAUACCACAUUUUUGAUGGAGUAGUCCCACUUUCACUUGCUCCGUCAAUCAACCAGAUUUGGACUACUUGUUCGAUUCUGACAAAUUUCAGGGGACCCUUAUUCUAAUAAGGGAAGUUGAUAGAUGAAGCAAGUGAAAAUGGGACUCCUCCAUCAAAAAUGUGGUUUAUUUGUUUGCAUCGCACUAAAAAGUAUAAAGAUGAAAUGAAGACC